AUUACAUAAAAACUUCAGAAUAAAGUAUGAAUAACAUUGAUGGAACAUAUUUUGAAGAGAAGAACUUAGCCGAAGGAAACUACGGACAAGUGAAACUCAUGCAUCAUAAAGAGGAUCCAGAUAUUAAGUAUGCGGUGAAAAUUUACGCUAAGAAUAAAAGUGAAGAAGCAGGAAUUAGGCACUUCCGCCAAGAGGGGGUCCUUAAGACCAUAAGCCACCCAAACAUUAUAAAGUUGGUUGAGAUGAAUGAAGCCGGCAAACUCAUAUCUCCUUCAAAGGAAUUCAUUGAAGUUAGAUAUGCAGUGCUUGAGCUCGCACCCAAUGGGAAUUUCUUAGACUAUAUAGCUAAUAAUGCAAUUGACUCAAAAAUUGUCAGGUACUAUUUUAAGCAACUCUGAGAGGCAGUCAGCUACAUGCAUCAAGAAGGUAUCUGCCAUAGAGACUUAAAGAUGGAAAACUUACUUCUUGAUGAACAAUUCAACCUAAAGGUUUCCGAUUUUGGAUUUUGUACUGAGAUCAUGAACAAAUACGGUGAUAGUCUUCUAACAAUUUGUAAAGGAACUCCAGGGUAUAUGGCACCAGAGAUGAUCAACAUUAACGGAUUCAACCAUGUGAUGAAUCAGAAAAGCCACAAAAUGUUUUCAAGCAAGGGAUAUCACGGAAUCCAGACAGAUAUCUUUGCCCUAGGAGUUAUUUUGUUCUCUCUUUAUAUGGGAAGACCUCCAUUCAAGAUCGCUGAUAUAAACGAUCCUUUCUAUAGGCUAAUUUUUAGCCAUCAAAUUGCUGAAUUUUGGGAACCAUGGGACCAAUUCGCUUCCCAGAAUAAUUUUGAAAUUCCAGAAGACUUUAAGAAUCUGUUUAUUGGGUGUGUUACGUUUUCUCCUUUACUCAGAGUUUCCAUUAAUGAAAUUCUGAGCAACAGCUGGAUGCAGAGAGAUAUGCCCUCUCAGGAAGAAGUUUGCCAAUACAUGUCCACUAUUAAGGUUAAGAUUGAUGAACUAGAGGCUCAACAACAAGCUUACUACAGUGCAGCCCAAGCUCAAAUGUCAACGAAGGUUGAAGAAGCUAAAGAAGAAUGCUUAGAAGGCGACAACCUCAACGACUCCUCCUUAUCAGCUGGAUCCCAAAUCAAAGAUGACGAGGAGAACAUUAUGAAGGAUCUUGAAGAUAUUGAGAGUGAAUUCCUUGGUAAUGACUUGAAUGAGAGCAACUCCUUUAAUCUCGGUGAAGACGAAUUUAAUCUCGACGGGUUCUCAGAAGCUGAGGAUGUCGAUAUAGACAAUAUGCUUGAUGAAGAAGUGGGAAAUGUCAAAGAUUUGCCCUUAGAAGCUGUUGAAAGUUGUAAAACUGAAUGAACUAAUCCUCCAGAAGACCAGACGAGUCAGAUCAUUCAAUUCCUGGAACACCUGACUGAGGUAGACACUGAAGUUAGGACUUCUGUCCCUGAAAAGAUGAUUUCCUUCCUCGAACAGUACGGAAAUCUCAAGCAAUGGAAGAUUGUGAAGCUUCUAAACUACAUCCUACUGAAGAUCCCUGACAACUCCGGGAGUCUGGUAGAAUAUGCCAUUAAGUUUGACCAAUGAGAUGGUCAAAAAUAUGCUCUAAAAUACCUAAAAUAUGACGAUAUGUCAUUCGAGCAGUUCCAUGAAGUAGGCAGCUUCAUCUUAAAAUUAAUUUCCCCAUAUUGAUAAUUAUGUUACUCCUAUA